AUGGAUCUGCUUGUGGGGAAGAAUGUGAUUAUAGUGGAUGAAGUCGACGAUACUAGAACAACGCUACAUUACGCGGUGACCGAAUUGCAGAGGGAUGUGAAAGAGCUCGAGGAAAAGAUGGGAAAGGUGGGAAGCACGCAGUUUUCUGUGUUUGUGCUCCAUAACAAGAGGAAAGAGAAGAGAGCACAGCUUCCCGCCGAAUUCGGCGAGAAGGGCAGGUACAUAGCAGGCACAGACGUAGAUGACGUGUGGAUUGCGUAUCCGUGGGACGCCAUUGACAUUGAUGAACAUACGGAGGAAGCAAAGCGCCAGGGAAACUACUGA